AUGUCGUACCAGGCAGUGCCCCUCAACGACCCCUCGCAAGAUCCCGCCCCACCGCCUCUCCCACCAAAACAGCCUUUCCCAUCCAGCCCAUACCAAGCCCUCCCCCAAUCCACCGCCCGCCCCAGCUCCAGGCCUACUGGCUCAUCACCCUCAUCUAUCCCCAGAGUCCCUGUCCCUUCAUCAAACCGACGGUAUGGUCCUUCCGCCAGUUCCCAAGGCUCCAGCCAUGAAAGCUACCAACCAGGCCCCAGGGGGGCAAGUAUGCCCCACAACGGGCGUGAUCCGAGGAGAGAUUCUCAGGCGAGCUCGAGUGCGUUGUUGGGUGCGCAAGGCAAAGGCGGCGCGGGGGCGGGGGUAGCAGACCCAGCUGGGUGGGGGGCGAUGACGGGCGGGCCGGAGGAUGAUGAUUGGAUGCAUAAUGAAGAUCCUGCUCAUGACAAACGAUAUAACCGCUUCGACGCUUUUUCGUCGAGAGGUAUCGCCAACGUUGGCUGCCUUUUCAUCGGUGCCCUCGGCCUCAUUGCCCUUUUUGCGGGAUACCCCAUUAUCACAUUUUAUACCCAGAAACACCAGUCGACGAAUGGAGCUUACAACCUCGGCGGCAUCAACAGUACGGGCCAGAUCCCGCUUAUAUCCAACUUUCCGUCGCCGAUCGACGAGGACACGCCCUCGGAUGUGUAUACGAGGACAGGGUUUGAUGGGGAAGAGUAUUCGUUGGUGUUUUCGGACGAGUUUAAUAGGGAUGGCAGGACGUUCUUUCCGGGGGACGACCCUUACUGGACUGCCGUGGAUAUACACUACUGGCCAACGGGCGAUUUCGAAUGGUACGACCCUGGCCAGAUAACGACCCGCGACGGCGCGCUCGUCAUCACAAACAACCAAGAACCCAUCCACGACCUCAACUACAAAUCCGGCAUGCUCCAAUCCUGGAACCAAAUGUGUUUCCAAUAUUCCGUCUAUAUCGAAGUUGCCGUGUCGUUGCCGGGUACGAAUAGAGUGGGCGGGUUUUGGCCGGGAGUGUGGAUGAUGGGCAAUCUGGGGAGACCGGGGUAUGGAGCGACGACGGAGGGGACGUGGCCGUAUACGUAUGAUUCGUGUGAUAGCGGGACGUUGGUGAACCAGACGAAUGCGGCGGGGACGGGGCCGACGCUCGCCUUGACUUCUGGUGCCAACGACGGGCCUAUCUCUUUUCUGCCGGGUCAGAGAGUCUCGGCUUGUACUUGCGAGGGCGAAGACCACCCGGGUCCUACCGUCAAACACGGCCGCGGCGUCCCCGAACUUGACAUCCUCGAAGCCCAGAUCGACCUCGACAUCCCCCAAGGCCAAGUAUCCCAAUCAUGCCAGAUCGCGCCGUUUGACCCGUCGUAUGAGUAUUUGAAUACGAGCGAGGGAGCGAUACAGUAUGACACGGACUUGACAUCGUGGAAUUCGUAUAAGGGAGGGACGUACCAGGAGGCGGUGUCGAGUUUGACGUAUAUCGAUAAUGCGAAUUAUGUCGAGACGAGAGGUGGGUUUGGGAUCUACGGCUUUGAAUACUAUACCAACCCCGACGAUCGGGAGAACGGCCAUAUUACGUGGGUCGCGAAUGGUCAGAGGAGCUGGACGAUGUACCCAGCGUCGGUGGGACCUGUGGAGGAUAUGGAUAUCGGACAGCGACUUAUCACAGAGGAGCCUAUGGCUAUGAUCAUCAACUUUGGCAUGUCCAACAACUUCCAAGCUGUCGAUUUUGCAAACCUCGUAACGCCUGCAGAGAUGCUGGUAGAUUAUGUCAGGGUGUGGCAGAGGUCCGAUGGGUAUAUGGGCUGUGAUCCGCCUGAUAGGCCGACGGCGACUUAUAUUGAGAACCAUUUGGCGGCUUAUAGCAACCCGAACUUUACGACGUGGGAAGAGGCUGGGUAUACAUGGCCUAAAAACUCAUUGAUCGACGGAUGUACCUAA